AUGGAUCCAGACAUACCUCAUCCCUCUAUCGAAGGCGCGGAGCCACCGCAUCAGUCACUGUCGCCCGUGGUCACUCAGGUGACCAACAGCGCAGAAUCGACCCCUCGACCGCCUUCGACCCCUCUCAAGUCAGCCUCUCGCUCUCCCUCGCGGACACAAUCUCCCAGGAUCGCCUCGCGGUCGCCUUCGGUUGCUAGUGUGCGUCAUGAGAGAACAGUAUCACCCGCUUUGCGCACCCGUCAAUCGCUUUCCAAUUUGAGUCCGUCAAGGAGCGCCACUCCUCUCAAGACACAGUUUCGCCGCGCCUCAUCGAAUCUGAACCCGGCUUCUCCAAGCAUUACGCCGAAAUCCGGUGCAAUGCCUCCGGAAACACCCAAGCACAAAGUCCUUACCCCGAGCAUGGUGGCUACCGAUUAUUUUGCUAAAGAGUUGGAAGAUCAUGCAACAACCCCCUCUAAGGUUGUUGUCAUCACACAUGAUGCUUGCUAUGGGCACCGCUAUUCUCGUCCUAGGACAUCUAAGGUCGGAUUGAGUAUGAUUGUUGAGCGACCAGAACGGAUACUUGCCACUGUGCUGGGAGCAUCCACCGCGUACGUACGCCUGGGUGGCCGCCAUGCAGGCAGCAAGUAUCCGCCCCACCCUGACAAGCAGGCACCCUCACAUACGAGACCAUUCCAGAUUCGCAAGACUGCCCGAAGCGUGCCUUUGACCCACGCUUGUGUCACUGCCGUGCACGGCAACAAGUGGAUGGAAGAACUUCAGAUCAUGUGCGACACGGCAGAGUCAAAACUCGCCAUGAAUGGCAAAGAACUAGUGAGGCCUGUCGGCUAUGGAAAAGAUGAAGCAGGCAAUACGCUGCCUAAACUCCAUGAAGGAGAUCUCUACCUGUGUUCAGAGUCCCUUGCAGCAUUGCAGGGCUGUCUUGGAGGUGUUUGCGACGCCAUCGACACCGUCUUUGCCGAUCAAACGACACAACGUGCGUUUGUCUGUAUCCGUCCCCCCGGUCACCAUUGUUCGUCCAACUACCCCUCUGGCUUUUGCUGGCUUAAUAACGUGCAUGUCGGGAUUAGCUAUGCUGCCAUGAACCAUGGUCUUACCCACGCUGCUAUCAUCGAUUUCGAUCUACACCACGGGGAUGGGUCUCAGACCGUGACCUGGGAUCACAACAAGGACGCUCAACAACGACCAAAGAACGCUGCGCCUUACAGGAAAACACCGAUAGGCUAUUACAGCUUGCACGACAUCAACUCAUAUCCUUGCGAAUGGGGCGAUGAGGAUAAGGUGCGCAACGCUAGCCUUUGCAUCGAGAAUGCACACGGUCAAUCCAUUUGGAAUGUGCACCUCGAACCUUGGGCGAACCACGCAGAGUUCUGGAAGUUAUACGAGUCACGAUACAUUGUCCUGCUCGACAAAGCCAGGAAAUUCCUGAGACAUCACAGCGAUAAGCUGCGUAGUGCGAAGGUUAAGCCAAGAGCAGCAAUCUUUCUCUCUGCUGGUUUCGAUGCGAGUGAAUGGGAGGGUGCCGGUAUGCAGAGACACGGGGUCAAUGUUCCGACCAAUUUUUACGCUCGUUUCACUUCAGAUGUUGUCAAGAUGGCGCAGGAGGAGGAUUUGGGUGUUGAUGGUCGAGUCAUCAGCGUCCUGGAAGGUGGCUACAGCGAUCGUGCUUUGACGAGCGGUGUCCUCAGCCACAUCUGUGGACUAGUGGAAGAGCCCAUCGCGAGGACGUCGAACAACGAACUACCAGACGCCUUCAAGGGCGGACUGGGGGCUUCCAUGUCAGGACACCGGGCUGUGGACACUACUGCGAAUGGUGCAGAAACUAUCCCUACAUCAACUCCGGAAACCCAUAGCAGUGCUUGGUGGGACAUUCACUCUUUGGAAUCGAUCGAAGCCAUCGUGGCCGGCAAUCUUCCGCCCCAAGCAAAGGCUAAGAACGACAAGGGGACCGGAAACUAUUCGUCCCCGACUCAUGCAUCGAGCGCGAAGAUGACGGAAACAGCGAAAGAGCGACGCUCGCUAUCCGCCCAGCUAGAGUCUCGCCUGGCUCUGGUCGAGAAACCGCCACCGCCCCCACCAGACGUGGAAUGGCCCAUCGCAGCAUACGAGUUGUCAAGACUUAUCAUCCCUACUGAACGUCAGACACUGAGUUGUAGGCACGAUGAGCUGAACGCCGAGGCUACACGAGCUCGCAAGGAGCGUCAGUCUGUAUUCGGGGUCACUGCUGUCCCAACAGGCGAGCCGAUGCAGCUUCGUGAGCGGAAAGCGAAGGCAGCUCCACUUGCUUCAGGUCCCUCUCGCUCCUCUUCUCGGACCCGAUCAGACAACCGGAGAACUACGAUAGCCUCCUUUGGUGACCUCCCUGAUGCGAAGCUCGCUGAAAACAAUGCGCAAACGGGUCCAGAUUCUCGACCACGUCGACGGUCCAGUGCUGCCUCGAGCAUUGUUUCGAGCUUUUCUGAAAUGAAGCUUGGCGAUAAUGACCAGGGCGGUUCAGAGGCACAAAAGACGCAAGGCACUGCGCAGACAUCCGCGCGCACCGUUCCGGCUACAGCUGGAGCGGGAGCUGGGGCGAAGUCCAUGAAACCUCCUCCGGCGAGGAAGCCUAGAGCUGCUGGACCCAAAACGUCCGUGGCGCCUAAAGCAGCACCAAAGAAAUCUAGCACAGGACUACCACCUCUUUCCCGUCAAGGAUCGAACUCUUCUGACAAGAACACUCAUCCAAUUCGGCCGACCUCUAGCAAUCAAUCUCGCCAGGUCAGCGGAGCCAGUGAUGCCUCAACAGAGCUGGAUAACAUUACAAAUGGCAUGAAGGGAAUCAGCAUCAAGCUUAAUAUGCCAACCGAAGAACAGUACCUUGCCAAUAAGAAGAAGCUGGAAGACACAAACCAAAUAAAGCGGCAAGCUAAGACAACUAGAAAGCCCCCAGUGCCGAAGGGCACCAAGUCCAAAGCACCCGUCAAGUCCACCACCCCGGAGACCAAGCAACAAGAAGCCUCGUCGCAGCCACCGACGCAGACGGCGCCAUACGCUCAGGUCACUCCUUCUUUAGCCGACUCUGAGGUCUUCUCGGAGCAAGGAACAGUAGUGCCAGCUCAGCAAUUGAACGAAUCUGUCAAUCAGCCCGUUCCGCUGUCCACUCCUCCCACAGUUCCGCAGCCUGUAUCCCCACAGCGUUCUAUUGGUGGUUCUGAGCAGAACAUUCUCGACUCUAGGCCAACCAUGAUUCCUGAAGCGCCAUUGAGCAACGCCCAUGAGUCAAUGCAGGAAAAUUCGGAUGUUUCAAGUGAAUCGGCCAAUCCAGACACUACAAAGGGACAACCUGAUGCAGCUGCUUGGAUCCCAAGUCAGCACUCACAUCCUCUUGUGCAGACACCCGCGCCAAAUCAAUGGUCCUUUGCAACACCAAUGCCUCCUGAAUCAAGCUCUGAGACAGCUUCCAGACCGCUAACGCCUAACAAGAAGACUAAAGCUGAUUUGCCAAUCUUUACUUCAACCACGCCCAUUCCGUUCUCACCUAGAAAUAAUCCAGUCGUGAAGAAUGACGACACAAACCAGGAAGUGGAAGGAAGGAGCAUCUGGGAAUUGCCGGAAACACCUCGAUGA